AUGUCUUGGUCUUAUAAUAGUAAUGACUGUUUGAAUAUUGGUAAUUUUUACAAUGGCAAUCCUUAUGAAACACCCCUCAAUAGUACACGUAAUAAUAUAAAUAGCUAUAAUGAUAAUAAUAAUAUACACAAUAGUAAAGAUAACCUCAUCAAUAAUAAUUGUAGUAUAAAUAAUGAUCAUUUAUAUAGCACCGAUGAUAAUAGUGUGCCCUCAUCUCCAAACAAUUCUGAUAUUUGUAGAUUAGGGUUAAUGUUAAAAAAGAUCCCAGAUGACCAAUUGGAUGAAGAAACAAAGUUAAAAAUUCGAAUGAUCAAAAAUGAAAUUCUAUCAUUAACAAACAAUGUAAACAAUAACAACAAUAGCAAUAAUAAUAAUGAUAAUAAUAACGACAAUAGUAAUAAUAAUGACAAUCUACAUAAUUUAAACAACUCUGAAAAUCUAUCAAAUAUAAGCUCAGACUCCAUUAAUACCAAUCUUGGUGGUUUAAGAUCAAUAUUAAAAGAUAUUCCCGACGACCAAAUCGUUGAAGAACAAAAUUUAAUGAUAAAAAUGAUUAAAAAUGAAAUUUUAUCAUUGACAAAUAGCAUUAAAGCAAACAAUAUCCCACCAAAAGACUAUGACAACAUCAACAUCAAUAGCUAUAAUGAUAAUAAUAAAGAUAAUAUAGAUAGUAUAGAUAAUAGCAACAAUAAUAUAGAUAAUAUAGAUAAUAUAGAUAAUAUGGAUAAUAUAAAUCAAAAUAGUAAUAUUAAUAGAACGGAAAAUAAAAAUAUAAAUAUAAAUAAUUUGGAUAUGGAUAUGGAUAUGGAUAUUUACAACAAUACCUAUCAAGAUGUUCCUAAUAACGAGAAUAGUUAUAACAUAAAUAUUCAUGAAAUUUUAAAAUAUCAUUCCCAAUUAGAACCACCCCCACCCCAACAACUUUCAAUGGUCCAACAACAAUUAGAAAAACAGCUAGAAUUAAAUGAUAUAUUUUUUAGUGAAAUCAUACUAUAUGAUGAUUUAACAAAAGAUCAAAUUAAUCAACUUUUAUCAACUAUUAACUCAACACCAAAAUUUCAAUACAAUGAAUGGGCAUUGGUUAAUCAGACUUGGUUUAGCGAAUGGGAAAAAGGAAUAUUCCGUAAAGAUGAAUUGGGUCCAAUCGAUAACUAUCCACUUUUAGACAUUACAUCCGAUGAUGAUCAACUAUUAAGAUGUGAUAUUAAAGAGUAUUUGGAUUUUACAGUUGUACCAAUUGAUAUUUGGAAUAUUUUUAAAAAAAUAUAUGGCGGAUCACCAGAUAUUAUCAGAAAAGUAACCGACAAAGGUGAUAUAGAUUUAAAAAUACCAAUAACACUAUUCCUUAUAAAAUCAUCAGAUAUCAAAUAUUGCCAAUAUAUUACUAAAAGUCAUGCAUUCCAAUACGAAACCUUUUUCUCUUUAAAAAAAAGGGCUUGUAAAUUAUUUAAUAUACCAUUUGGUGAUGCAGAUAUAUACAAUUUUGAUGGUGGUACAGCAACACAAGAACUCUAUUUAUUUUUAACACCAAGAACUAUAAAGCUAUAUAAUAAUCAAAUGAUUUUAGUUAAAGAAAAGAAAUAUCCAUUAGAAUCAGAAUCAGAACCAGAAUCAACACCAACACUGACACCGACACCGACACUAACAUCAUCAAUACCAAACACACCCAAUAUUGAUUUUACUUUAUCGAGUAUAUCGAGUAUGCCAAGUGUUGAUUUUAAUAAUGACUCUAAAGUUUUAGAAAGUGGCACAUCAGUAACACCUAGUCCAAAUAACCAAAAGCAAACUAUGUUUACAAGAUAUAUAAAUAAAAAAACUAACUCUAAUUAUUUUUAUUUCCCAUUAUAUACAGAUCCAUUUAGUUUAUCUUUUUUAAAUUAUUCAUUUUUUAAAAGUAGUUUUAAUUACGAUCCUGAUUCCAUUUUACAAAGCAACGAAUAUGUUCAAUUUGAAAAAAUGCAAAAUAAUUAUUAUUCUAAUUUAGAUCAAAUUCAAUCUUUUUCAUUCAACAGUGAUAAAGACGAAAAUAAAAAUGAUGAUAAUAACAAUAUAAAAUCAAAUAAUAAAAAUAAUACCAAUAAUAUUGAAAAUAAUAUCAAUAAUAUCAAUAAUAUAGAUAAUAAUAACAAUAACGAAAAUAGCCCAAAAAAUUAUAUUGAUAAUAUGUAUUUUCAUGGUAUUGAUUUAGAAGAAGAAAACCCCAAAAAAGCUCAUCGUCCGCCUGUAUGCAAACCUCAAUAA